GGGGCUGGGAGGGAAAAUGGAGGGGGUGCAGAUUACAAAACCCCAACCUGUAAUAGUAAACCGUAGACCCAAAAAUCACCUGUAACAGUAACCUUAGACAAAAAAUAACUGCUAAUCUGAAAUAACAGUUACAUAUCGGAGACGCAAAAGAGAACCCGAGGAGGAAGAAGAGUUUCUAAGUCCGAUGGCUACAUCGAAGAAGUUGUUAGAAACAUUAGGCGACUUAGAAAGGGAUUCAUUUGUACCCCUUCUCUCGAAACUAAUCGGUGAAUCGAAACACGUGCAAAACAAUCCACCGGAACUGAUCCCGGAAGAAGACAGAGUAGUCAAACACGUGUUAAACUCACUCUUACCGUUCAGCACCACCACCGGUGGCGGUCCUUUAAUUCUCAACCACGUCACUUAUUUUCCCGGUAGAGGUAAUCUCAUUGUCGAGUACCCUGGUACCGUUCCCGGAAAGAUCCUUUCCUUCGUUGGUUGCCACAUGGAUGUUGUAACUGCAAACCCUAACGAUUGGGAUUUUGAUCCGUUUAGUUUGAGUAUCGAUGGUGAUAAACUAAGGGGUCGUGGAACUACUGAUUGUUUGGGACACGUGGCGCUUGUUACUGAAUUGAUGAGGAAGCUUGGUGAAACUAAGCCAAAUUUGAAAUCAACUGUUGUCGCUGUUUUUAUAGCGAAUGAAGAGAAUUCUUCUAUUACUGGUGUUGGUAUUGAUGCACUUGUUCAAGAUGGUCUUCUUAGUAAGCUAAAGGAUGGUCCUUUGUUUUGGAUAGACACGGCUGAUAAACAACCUUGUGUUGGCACUGGUGGUAUGAUACCUUGGAAACUUCAUGUCACUGGGAAACUUUUUCAUAGUGGAUUAGCUCACAAGGCUAUAAAUCCGCUGGAACUUGCCAUGGAUGCAAUAAAGGAAAUCCAGCUGCGAUUUUACAGGGACUUCCCACCUCAUCCUCAGGAACAGGUUUACGGGUUUGCAACCCCUUCAACCAUGAAACCAACCCAAUGGAGUUAUCCUGGAGGUGGGAUCAACCAAAUUCCAGGGGAAUGUACUAUUUCAGGAGAUGUUAGGUUAACUCCAUUCUACAACGUGAAGGAUGUAAUGAAGAAACUGCAAGAGUAUGUGGCUGAUAUUAAUGAGAAUAUACAGAAGCUUGAAUCUCGGGGUCCAGUUUCAAAAUAUGUCCUAUCUGAUGCAAAUUUAAGGGGGAGCCUUACUCUAACUUUUGAUGAGGCUACAUCGGGAGUUGCUUGUGAUCUAAAUUCUAGAGGUUUUCAUGUAUUAUGCAAAGCAACUGAGGAAAUAGUUGGGCAUGUAAAACCUUACUCAAUUACUGGGAGUUUGCCUCUCAUUCGAGAACUUCAGGAUGGAGGUUUUGAUGUUCAGACUUGUGGCUAUGGUCUGAUGGCAACUUACCAUGCCCAGAAUGAGUACUGUCUUUUUACAGACAUGUCCCAAGGAUACCGGGUGUUUGCAAGCAUCGUCGCUCAAUUAGAAGAUUGAGAAUAGCAGAGGAACUAAUAAUGCAAGCGUCUACUAGGCUAUGAAGUUGUCUUGUUGAGUUUAAUUUAAUAUGAGUAACAGUAAACUGUGCAAAUGAUUAGUUCGUUGUUGAAUUUUCUUGAACAUUUACAAGAUGGACCAAAUAAUUUAUCAGCCAUAAGUUUCUGCUUAAAAGUAGGGAUAUGUUACUUCCA